GGAAGAAUAAGCCUACGGCGAAAACGCUUCGAGUCAGUUUUUCUACAAAAUUUCGGAUUCCGAGUUAAAAUGGAUUAUACUUCAAUGAAUAUUUUGGUAACACUCCUCGUGAUCAUAAGUUGUGGAAUCCGCUUUUCUGAGCCUUUUAAUGUGGGAUUAUCAGGAGCUAAAGUGUUCUCUGGGCCUGCGUCAGAAGAGUUUGGUUACACCGUGCAGCAGUUUAUAAAUCACAAAGGAAAAUGGCUGCUGGUUGGCUCUCCCCGGACUGGGUUUCCACAAAACCUGAAGGGGGACGUGUACAGGUGUCAGAUCUCAGGGGCCAAAACGAGCUGUGAUAAACUCAACCUACAAGACUCGGUCAGGAUUCCGUCUGUGAGAAAUAUUAACGCCAACAUGAGUCUUGGUUUGACUCUCACCCCCCUGCCAAAAACAAAUGGAUUCAUGACGUGUGGUCCUCUUUGGGCGCAGCAGUGUGGCAGCCAGUAUUUCUACCCCGGGAUCUGCAGUGAAGUGAGCCCUCUUUUCGUCCCUCUGAACACCUUCUCUCCUGCCAUUCAAACCUGUGGGGGGCCUAUGGAUAUUGCCAUUGUUCUGGAUGGUUCUAACAGUAUUUGGCCGUGGACACCGAUUGUUGAGUUUCUCAAGAAACUAUUACCGACCUUAGACAUCGGCCCAGAUAAUACUCAGGUGAGUGUUAUUCAGUAUGCUGUUAAUCCAUCUUUUGAAUUUACUUUCAAUGCCUACAAAACCAAAGAGGAAGUGAUUGCAGCAGCCUCCAGGAUAACCCAGAAGCACGGAGGUGAAACUAACACCUUCCACGCAAUUGAUUUCACCAGGGUGUGGGCUUUCCUCCCAGAGAACGGAGGUCGACCAGGAGCAGCAAAAGUUAUGGUUGUCGUCACGGACGGGGAAUCUCAUGACAAACGACUCAGGAACCAAGUCAUUCAGAAGUGCGAGGAGAAAGGGAUCACUCGAUUUGGCAUAGCAGUUCUUGGCUAUUAUAUAAGAAAUCAGAUCAAUACAGAAAAUCUGAUAGCAGAAAUAAAGUCAAUUGCCAGUGCGCCGGCAGAGAGGUAUUUCUUCAACGUCUCGGCAGAAGAGGCUCUGUCGGAGAUCGCUGGAACACUCGGGGAGCGGAUCUUCAACAUAGAGGGGACUGGGAAAGGAGGAGAUUUCGAAAUGGAAAUGUCUCAGGUCGGAUUCAGUUCUCACUAUUCCAAAAAAGAGGAUGAGCUGAUGUUGGGGGCCGUAGGGGCCUAUGGAUGGAGUGGGACAGUUGUCCACCAAACUGGAACAAAAGCAAAUAUAUUUCCAAAGAAGUCAUUUGAGAAAAUCCUAGAGGACAGGAACCACAGUUCAUUACUGGGUUACUCAGUGACGACUCUAAAUGAUAGAAGCUCUGUGUACUAUGUGGCUGGAGCCCCUCGUUCCAAUCAUAGUGGCCAAGUCCUUGUAUACACCUUGGACGCCCAAAAGCAGCCCAGAGUUAUAGAUUCAGAAAAGGGCGAACAGAUCGGUUCCUAUUUCGGCAGUGUGUUGUGUCCCCUGGACGUGGAUAAAGAUGGUGUGUCAGACGUCCUGUUGGUUGGAGCUCCGAUGUUCAUGACCAACCAAAAGAGGGAAGCAGGGAGAGUCUAUCUCUUCUCAGUCACCAAGGGAAUUCUGAGUGACCAGGGCUUUCUCUAUGGGCCAUCCACCUCAGAGAAUGCUCGUUUUGGAAUGGCCAUUUCGGCUGUUCCUGACCUCAACCUGGAUGGAUUCAGUGACGUAGUGGUGGGGGCCCCCUUAGAGGAUGAAAACAGGGGGGUCAUCUACAUCUACAACGGCGACAGGAAGACCGUUCACAAGCUCCAUUCUCAGAAAAUUCUAGGUGAAAAACUAGAUCCAAAACUGCAAUAUUUUGGAAGGUCGUUGGAUGCCAGUGGUGAUUUGAACGGUGACACCAUUCCUGAUGUGUCUGUGGGAGCCUAUGGCAAUGUAGUUCAGCUCUGGUCCAGGGGAUUAGCGACUGUAAAGACAAAGGUCACUUUCUUGCCUGAUAAAAUCAGUAUCCUGAGUAAACCCUGCAAUAUCAAUGGGAGACAAGUGUCCUGUUUCCAAACUAGAGUUUGUUUCAGUGCAACGUUCAGGCCUAAAACGACCGUUGGACCUCUCUCACUGACGUACAACCUGACUCUUGACGCUGAUCUGGACUCAUCUCGAGUGAGCUCUCGAGGCCUGUUCAGUAAAACCAAUGAGCGCUUUCUCCAGAUAGACACUCAGGUUUACAGCACAGACGUCUGCAAGGACCACCAGGUGUACGUGCAGGAAACCCCUGACUUCAUGAAUUCCAUUGGUCUGCGGGUCGACAUCGACCUUCAAAAACCAGAUGCCAACCCUGUCCUGGAUGUGUUUUCUCCAAAGUCUUGGGAGUUUUCUGUUCCCUUCUCAAAGGACUGCGGUUCUGACGAGGUGUGUGUGGGCGAUCUGGUUCUGGAUGUAAAGAGAGAGGUAUCAAGCCCAAGUGCGUCCCCAGUGCUGGUCAGCCCGAAGAACAGAACGCUCUCCUUCGCCGUCAUGGUAACAAACAAGAAAGAGAAUGCAUACAACACCAGGGUCAUUGCCACAUUCUCCAAGAAUCUGUUUUACGCCUCCAUAACUCCUCCGAGUGAUGGAACAGAAGUCAAAUGUACAGCCAUCAGAGAAACUCAAGCCCUGUCCUGUCAGGUGGCCUACCCUGCUCUCAGGAAAGACCAGCAGGUCCGUUUUGGGAUCAGCUUUGACUUCAACCUGAAACAGCUGCAGAAGGAGGCUGUUGUGAACUUUGAAGCAAAAAGUGACAGUAGGGAAGAGAGGCCUGUUGACAACAAAGUGGACAUCUCCAUUCCUGUGCAGUACGACUCCGAAAUCAUUCUUACAAGAGAAACUAAUAAACAUUUUUAUGUGGUGGAUGAGAAGAGUAAAGCAAAGACUACUGUAAAGAACUACAAUGACAUUGGUCCUGAGUUCCGCUUCACACUGAAAGUUUCCACCGUCAACUUCCCCAUCAGUCUGGCCUUCCUGACCGUGUCAGUGCCGGUUACCACCAAGGGGGGAAACCCACUGCUGUAUGUGACUGGCAUCAGCACUCAAUCGGGCGGCCCUGUGAGCUGUGAGGCUAACAGCCUUCUGGACCAUCUGAAGAUCAGCAAGAAGCCCUUCACCCCCUCCUUCUCCCAGGAGAGCUUCAGGGGAACCAAGGAGCUGGACUGUAAAACUGCAACAUGCAGUUCCCUGAAAUGCGUGCUCAAAGACAUGGAAAUAAAGAGUAAUUAUGUGAUUAACGUCACCACCAGGAUCUGGAAUGGCACGUUUGCCUCAUCAACUUUCCAGUCCAUCAAUCUGACUGUGAGUGCUGCGAUAGAGACAUCCCAGCCGGAGCUGCUGGUCAUCGCUAAUAAGACGUUGCCGGUGAAGAUAACGGUCACUAACCCCAGGGAGAUCGGAGACCUGCCAAUCGGAGUGAUCAUAGGCAGUGUUCUCGGGGGACUGAUCUUAUUGGCUGCUGCAGUCUUACUACUGUGGAAGUUGGGCUUCUUCACGAGCAAGUACGCACAGCUGCGGCAGCAGCAGGAGAUGCAGACGGCCGCUGACUCGUGUGAGAUGAGCUGAUAGCUCAGCCUGCCCUCAGACACUGAACUCUGUGAAAAGGCCCGAGGAUGUGAAAAAGGCUGAUUCUGCUCCGUGCCAAAUGAGGGUUUUUUCAGGUUCUUUAAUGGAAAAGUGAAGCUGGCUGUCAGACAUUCAGACGCCUCCAUGUCUGUCUGAAGGAGGGUAAUUGUUCCACUUCCCUGAUCAUGGUACACAUCACUGGGUUUAUUAUUCUAGUCGGAAAGAUAUCGUCCUUCAUUCUAUAUCUGUAUUAACUGCUAUAUGAUUGUUGCAAUGCACUGAAUUUACAGUAGACUUUACAGUAGUAAUUACAGACUGUAAUUGUCGUUAGUGAAAUCUAUUUGUUUAUUUAUCAAUUUAAAUUUCUGUACAAAUUUUUUUUUUUUUUUCAAAGCUACACAAUUAAGAUUACCUGUGAUUGUUCUACUUUUCUUGACUGUGAGUGAUAAUUGUUCUCCCAUAUUCUGACUAUACAUCAGAAUUUGGUGUUGCCCUGUGCUUCAUGUGAUUGGACACUUAUUUGUAGAAAAAAGGUGAUUGGGCUGUUACAUUUUAGUUUAGCCAUACAAUCCUACACCCUGUUUUUUGGAUUAUUUUCCCCAAAAUUCUCUGUGUUCUAGAACUCCAAUACCAUUACCAGGAGCUGUUGUGACAUCAGCAUUAGAACGUCCAGUUAAGAAUGUUAUGAAUGCCCCCUUCUGGCCCAAAGACGCCAGUGCUACAGCUAAUAGCACCCUGUUUCUUAUGAUCUAUAUCAUUAGAUCAUUAGAGCAUGUUAACUUACAGAAAUUGGGAAAGUUCUGGUACAUUUGUGUCCUAUGAUCUUUGAUUGGGUUUCAGGAUAUUGCACAAUAUAACAGAACACAAACAUACUGUAUGGGUUAACUUGAAUUUACAGACUGUGUGUAAAUAAUAAAAUAUUUUAAGGUAAUGCUGUUUUUGAAAAGGUGCUUGAGCUUAAUGA